AUGGAGAGAUGUCAGGUGUCCAACUGCAGCAUGAAUACCAUGGACCUGAAAUGUUACAUGGUCCUUAACAGCCUCACUCAGAAAACAGGCAUAGCUGUGCUGUGCUCCAUUGUUGGGAUUCUGUGCGUUUUGGAAAACUCUUUGGUGUUGUAUCUGAUAUUUGCUUCCCCUAAGAUCAGAAAAAAGCCUUCCUACCUCUUGAUCAGCAGCUUGGCCCUAGCAGAUGUCCUGGCCAGCAUUGUAUUUGUCUGCAGCUUUCUUGAUUUCCAUGUCUUCAACAGAACUGACUCCUCUAAAGAGAUCUUCUUGCUGAAGCUUGGAGGGGUCAACACGUCCUUCACAGCAUCCUUGGGCAGCUUGCUGCUGAUGGCAUUUGACCGCUAUGUCUGUAUCUAUCAGCCAUCGGAAUACAAGGUCAUCGUGACGAGGAAAAGGGCUGUGGUGGCUAUGACUGUGAUGUGGAUAGCUACCAUGAUCACUGCCUUCCUGCCUCUAAUGGGGUGGAACUGCUGCAAGGUAAACUCACCCUGCUCUGAGCUGUUUCCCUUUGUUGAUAGCAAGUAUCUGUCAAGCUGGAUCUGCCUGGUAAUGAUUCUGCUGCUGUGUAUAGUGUACGCCUACGUCCGGGUGCUUUGGAAGGCUCAUAAGCACACAGUGUACAUGGAGAAACGCCAAACCCAGGCUGGGCAGCGGAAUGCAAAGAUGAGGAUGGACGUCAUGCUCGCCAAAACAUUAGUGAUGGUCCUGGCCAUUGUCAUGACGUGCUGGUCCCCAGUGCUGGCUCUCAUGACGUACAGCCUCUUCGUCAGCCUGAAUGAUCACAUCAGAAAGGUGUUCGCCUUCUGCAGCACCCUCUGCCUGGUGAACUCCAUGGUGAAUCCCAUUGUCUACGCCCUACGAAGCAGGGAGCUGCGCUCCUCUUUGAGGAACACUAGUUCGUGGUUCAGGAAGAAGGUGAGCAUCUCAGAGAGCUCCCCGGAAGCAGACAGCACUCAGAAAUCCUCAGCGAUAGAAACCAUCUGUGACGACACUGUGUGCAACACAGACAUGAAUCUGCUGAAAGGCUGA